CUGCAAAGUGCACAGGCAUCUCAAAAUAGCUAAAAGGCAAAUAUGGCCACCCUUUGCCUAGUGCACUUCUCGGUGAUCGAAUAAUCGCAUCCGGACGUUUUUCAGAUAACGUAAACACUUCUUCCACUCCGCUCCCUGUUCAUGAACUACGGGAUGUGCAACAUCUGCUCUUGGUACUAAAAUUCGUUCACUUAACAGCGAAACCAAAGGAAGAAAUCUGGCUUUCCUUGUCGGAUAUGAUCGAUCCGUCGGAAUCAAUCACUGGCGGCCAAUUUCUCAAAUAUCAUUAAUACCACACUGCAAUGAGUCAACGCAUUAUCGCAUGUUCCUGUGUCCAAUUUGUAGAGUUCAGGGUUUCAGUAGCAACUCAGAGUCAGCUGGGACCGAUUUCGCGGCGGAAAAUGCGUACGAGCUGUUAGGAGUGUCACAGACCAGUUCGUUUGCUGAGAUCAAAGCGUCUUUUCGCAGAUUGGCCAAGGAAACUCACCCUGACCUUGCUGAAUCAAAUAAUGAUUCAUCUGCGUCGCGACGAUUUGUGCAAAUCCUGGCCGCCUACGAGAUUCUAUCAGACUCCAAGAAGAGAGCUCAUUAUGACAGAUACCUAUUGUCUAAAAAAAAGCUUGUGGUGAAGCAUACUAGGCAGGGUUCAAAAUUGCACUUCUAUAGAUCACAUGAAACAACAUCCAAGGAGAUGGAAGUUGUUGAGUGGCUAAAGUGGUACAGAGUAGCUAUAAAUGAUAUUUUGUCAGACAAGAGGGUAGUAGCUGGAACAGGCUAUUUUGAUGUACUUGAGAGAGAUUUUUACUCAGCAAUACAUGCGGCUUACUUUGGCCCUCAAAUUGAGUCAAUGGAACUUCUCCCUGAGUGCUUUGAGGCUGAGGAAAGGUCCUCUUGUGAAACACCAGAGGUUUUGCACUUAGUUUCAGGUCGUGAUCUUUUUGGGAUGGUUUGCCUAGCCAACAAGAAUCCAGAGAUAUCUUCCACUAAUAAUGAGAAGUUAACUUCUUUCAGAUCCUUCUAUCCUGGCCUAUGUCAAUCUGUAAAGGAUGCAAACAUCCACCUGAGUGCAGAAGUUCCACAUGACUUUGGAAUUCCACAAAUUCAUGACUCUAAAAUAUCAAGUCAUGUAUCAGAUGCAUACAGAGAUCUAGAAUUGCAUGUCUCUGGAAGGGUGGUUGCUGUGGCCUCCAGGGUCCGUCCUGGCAGCUAUUCUGACGCUGAAGUAGCAGAAGAUCGCAUUCAUGUUUAUCUUAAUUCAGAUGAAUACACCAAGCAUACUAACAGCUGUGAUUCUAAAAGUUACUUCACAAGUAGUUCAGCUGUUGGACGAAUUCAUAUAGGAACCAUAGCUGGGCUUGGGACGAGUUCAGAUGAAAGUUGCUGUGAUGUCUAUGACAAUAUAGGGGCCAAGACUCAUGUGAUUAUGAAACACAGGACCUUGCUGGUGAAGCAUAUGCACUGGUAUCAAGUUGGAGAAAAAGUUUCCAUUUGUGAGUGUAGAUGCACUAGAGCGAAGUUACCACCAAGCAAAUUUUGGCUAUUUGAGCCUCGUUGUGGAAUGCAUGACAUAGGGGGUUGGUAUGUUGAAACAUAUGGCAAAGAUAAGGAAGGCCGAAUAGUCACAUCACAAAGGCUAUGGGAUGGCUGGGAUGAUGGUCAUCAUUUUGAGAGGAGACUUCAUCCAGCAAUGUAUCUACUUGCUCUUGCAUAUAGGACACUUGAUCUAGAAAAUGCCAAAGUAAGAAAACAAACAUUUAGGAAAGCUGUAGAAGGACAACUGUUUAGAAUCCUUCAUUGGUGCAAGAGACUUGUUUAAUGAAGAAACCUGUUGCUUGGAAGAGUUGACUCGUGAAGCAGAAUUGAUGCUUGAUUCUGUUGCCAAUGUUUACAAAAUGACUCUUGGGCGGGGGGCUCUUUAAGUACUCUAAAAGGCAACUUACUGGAUUCAUCUGAGUUUUGUUUUCUUGAGAUGUUUUUUUGUGAUACCCGUGAUGUUGGAUAUGUUGGUAAAAUAACAUGAAUAGAGUCAAAGGAUUGGCUGCUGGUGUUGCUUUAAUGUUUCAGGAACUAAUGUACUAAAGCCAAGUUACACUGGUGCUGAUUUUUCGGAAACUAAUAGUCUCUCAUUGCCUGGAAAUGUUGAUGAAGAACGUCAGUGAAAAUGGAAGAUAAACAUGUUCGGCAUUUCUAUUGGCUGGCAUGGCACCUUGCUAGAUUAAAUAUUCUUCUGCUUACAUAGACAUUGACCCCAAAGGUGGAUCUGCCUUUACAGCUAUGAUUGGUCUUGCUUUUCUUGUUCACAUUGUUCUUAUAAAUAAAUACUGGCCACCUGCCAAUGCUCGAUAAAAUCUGUCCCUGCAGUAGACGGGUCUUCCAUCAGCAGCCUCAGCAGCAGCAGCUGCUAGAUCAUCAUCAGCUAUCACCUCUACUGGCAGUUUCAGUAACUCGUCUUUUCUACAACAUUUAUUAGACAGUUGUUACGGGCACAGUAAGAAUAAGCUGGAUUGUUCAAUAGGUUCUUCAUUUGUCGUUCUUUACCUUAAGUUGAACUUUGUACUGACUUUUGGAUCUCGAAAAUUUGAUGCAUCUUCCUUUGUGGCAAAGGAGGUUUGUAUUAAGUUUUCCACUGGUGUAGCAAAGAUAAACAACGUGGCUCCAGUAACAAGUAAUGCUCCUAUCCCCACUAACGUUUGCUUCAGCAGUUUAAUAACUGGUUUAACCUGUAGACAUGUAAUAUCAAGUCCCUAGUCGAUAUAGAAACCUUUGACACUCUGUAACAACUUAUUUUCAGAAAAGUUUCCCCACAUCCUUCUCAAAAAAGCAUUGCCCCUGCUUGCACAUGGGUGGUAAUAUCGGUGGACACCCAUGGGAGUUUAACUUUGAAUGUAGUUUUGAAACACGCUUAAAAUAUCGAUUGUUUUUAGGGCCUGAGCUGGAAAAUAUUAAGUUUAACAUAUAGCUUUUCUAGCAUACAACCAAAAUCUGUUUGCGUAAUAACUAAAUGGUAAAUGCCAUGACAAUUUUUCAUAAAUUGGUACCUUGUAAGAGCCCAAUAGUCUAUCACGAGCCAGGAUCUACAGAGAAGGGUAAGACAAGUUUUCAGCGAACCAUGCAUGGAAUGAGAUAAGUGACGUACGUCAGUGCUGCUUCUCGUUGGUGUCAUGAAAUUUGAUAUUAUUUAAUUUGUAUAUAUAUAUAUAUAUAUAUAUAUUUAUUUAUUUAUAGAAUGUAUAAGAUAAAUAGAUGCCCAUGCUAACUAGAUUU